GGCAUUGCGGCAUAAUCACUUUCUUCCCAUUUUAGAUACAGGAGCACACGUGAUGGCGAGCUAAAUUUACUACCUCGAGCAAUAUUUCAUAAUAGACUACAGCACAGACGAAGAUCUCAUACAUACAUACAAGCGUGGACGUAGCCAGCUAGUGUCCACAUUGGGUACACGAAAUUACAAGGGCGUUCAGAUGACAAAACCACUAUACACAUCUGCACGCUAAUCAAUCGAAUCCAUUCGUAUCUGUGUCUUCGCUAUCUGCGACUCCAGAAAUCUUUCGUUGUUCGACUGCACGUCGGUCUGGAAUGCGCCAGUGAGCGGGGGGAUCUAACGGAACAGGAUGCGCCCGCCACUGACCACGAUCGGACCAGGCCAGCUGAGAGCGACAUUCUCCUCUUCCUCAGUCAAGCGCCUGCUGUAGAAAAGCAUGUAAGGGCCAGCGCCCAGAUGCAGACCAGUCGGAUCCGAGAUCACAGCGUCCUCGGAGACCUCAGUGACCUCGGCAUCCGUCGUCUUCCACCAUGUUCCGCGCGAAUGCACGUAGGAGUAGGAAUGCCGACGGCCGGGAAGACCGUCGUGGACCAGCACAGCACGCAGGUCGUACUGCACAGAGACCAUCAGAAUGCAGAGAGGAACAGAUGGACCGCCGACCCACAGGAUGUUUUCUCAGAUCGUCAUUGUGGACGAUCUCUUCCAGUUCGUGUUUCAGCUCGGUGAGCUUCGCAUCAAAGACUGAUUGACGAUGAGUGAACACUCAGCACGAAGGACGCGAGAGUGGCACCUUGGACAGCCGCUUCCAAUUUGCCCAACGCUUCACCAAGUUUCUUGGCGACACCAGCAUACCGUUCGGCGUCGCCGGGCCCUUUUGGUCGAGCGACCUGUUCGUAGAAGUCGAUCGCCCCGCGCAGAUUCUCCAACGCAUCGUCGUCCUCGUCCAGGUCAUUCCCCACGCUCGCAGAGUGAGAGACAACAUCCACACACCUCGAACCGCGUUAUCCUCCUCCUCUCAGCCUCUAUCUGCUCGAUCUCCCUCCUAACCUGCUUCUCCGCCUUGCGCGUGUCGUUCGCCAGCUUGAGAUUCACGGCCAGGAACUCGUCUAGAUACAUCGUCUUCGGGUACACCAGCGGCUGCGGCUCCGCCCCACCGGACGACGACGCCGCGGCCGGAGGAAAGUUGAUCUGGAAGGUGACGACUUCCGACGGCUGCACGAUCACCUGGUGCGUCGAUUCUCCGUCGGAGAGGUCGUUCAGCGUGUCAGCAAGACGCCCGACCAGAUUGUUGGCUGCCAGAUGCGGAGUGGUGGACACGCUGACGAUGUGGCCGUCGUCGCCUUCGUUGGCGCUGUAUUCGGGUUCUCCGGUGCUGGGGACGCGUACGUGGCCGUACGUGAAGUGGAACAGACGCGCGGCCCUUGGGAAGAGGUGUCAACUUUGAGCGCAUGUGCAAUCAGC